GUUACUAUCGUUAACCACGAACUUCUAGAUUCCCUCGGUGGUUACGGUAGAAACGCGGCACAAUGGAGCUCGCUUAAGUCUUGUCGACGCAGUUACGGCUUUGAAGCGACUGGCUGAAGAACAACCACAGUAUUUCCAAUUCAUGAUCGAAAAUCCUAUCGAGUAUCAACAUGCAUUCUUUAAAGCAUCUCACAAACUGGCAAACAUCGACGGAAAUGUAAUCGUUUCGGGUGUGUUCAAUAACGACUAUCGAUCUAGCCAAAUGACAACAGAGAAUCUUGACUUGUUCUAUCGAAGCUUGAAGUCUUUCUACAAGAUCUGUUGCGAAGAACAACAAGAAGUCUACAUAAAUUCGGACGAGCUGUUAGUUGUGGACAACUCGCAAAUGCUCAUUGGAGCCCCUGCACAGUGCGGUCGAGAGAUGAAAGUUCGCAUUUUUGCGUGA